AAUAUUCAUUGGCGCUGGUUAUAACACUCGUUUAAUUCGAAUUUGCAUAUGGAUUCAAUUCUGACACUAUGUGCAAAAAUAGAUAUGUAUCUUUUUUUUUCGAUCUAUCAUCCGUAUAAUAUACCGUCAGGUACGUUAAAUGCAAAGAAAGACGUUCGGUAAGCGAGACGGAAAUCAUUUUUUUCAAUUCAACAGGUAUUUCUUUACAUACAUACAAUGUAUAGUCUUCAGUUCAGUGGGUAUUUCGGAUACAAUUAAUCGAUCAUUGUGGUUACCAUCCAAUUAACGAAUGAAAACGGGAUGGUACACAGAUUGAAAUGAUUCCAAGAAGUGUAAAGGCUUGUGGAAAGAACCCAGGCUGUGGUUAUAUGCGCUAACUACGGAAUUGGAGAAUUGACUCACUUUUAAUUGCAAAAAUAAUCAGGUACUGGUUAUGAGAGAAGGAGAAGAUGGAGUUCCCAAUAAAAAAAUAAUAAACGACUGCCGACGAUAGUUCUAGGUUUUGCCAAGCUUACAGAAAUUUAUUUUCAUCUAUCUGAUACAAUCUUCAGGUUCUUCGUUAAAUUUUCGGUGCAAUUUUUCAAAUUUCGUAAUAAAAUCCCCCGUGUUAAUAAUAAUUAAGAAGAAUUUUCUAUCAUCCGCAACUGCAUCAACAUGACACCGCAGCACUCGAUAUCAAUGCAAUCUCAUUUUUCUGAAUUGAUGAAAUGCGUCGAAGAUCUGAAACUAACGCGAAAUAACAUACAGUCCCAAAUCACGGCCGAGGAGGAAGAAAAAUAUAAUCUUCAAAAGGAGGUUGAAAGAAUGACUUAUCGAAUAAGUCAGCUGAGCGAAAAUCUGGUAAAAAAAAAUGCGGCAAGGACGGAUUAUGACAGAACGAUUCAAGAAACAGAAUCUGCCUACAAUAAGAUCCUUGAGAGUUCUCAGCUCUUGUUAAAUAUGGUAAAAAGAGAAGCAACUUGUCUCGACCAAACUCUCCACGCUGUCGAGGGAUGCGGUGAAGGAAAUCUUCGUUUAAAUGCGACGAUCAAAGAAAAAAAGGAUAUUUAAAUACCUGCAGGGAUAAACGAUCGUUAAGAAACAACAAAUUAAAAGAAAAAACGAAUGGAUGUAUACUUAUUUUUGAACAUAGUAAUUUCUUAAGAAUUAUAUUAGUCGAUUUUUAUCUCAAACCAUGAAUAUUGAAUCGAAGAGUCAUAAAAUUGUACAAAGUUUAAUUUGGAUAUAGGUAUACUGUAUACAGUAUACAUAAACAACUUUUUCAAUCCUUGCGGAGCAAUAAUUGGAAACCUUUGCAAUAUAUAAGUAACCCUGAAGAAUGUCAUAACCCGAUAUCCUGAUGUCAUAGCCUGAUAAUAAUCUGAAAUCUAAAAUUCACUCAAUAUCACUGCAAUUCAUGACACCGAUCAACAUUACGACGGCGCAAGUUCACUCUGUAAAGAACGGUGAGCAUUUCAAUGGACGAAUAAAAUUUUGU